AUGCUUCUCUUCAGUCCUGUUACUCCCGGUCAGGUCUCGUUCUUGCUCGGGAUCACUCCUGUCGUUGUGGCAUGGAUAUAUUCGGAGAUAAUGGAGUAUCGGAAAAACUCUGUCUCGUCCAGAGCUGGUCACUCGGAUAUCAACUUAGUUGAAAUGGGUAGUGAUGGUGUUAAAGACGAAGACAAAGCAGUUUUAUUGGAAAGAGGAGUUCUGCAGUCAGGAUCCCCGAGGGCGCGGAGCUUAACUGCCUCACCGUCAAUUAUCCGAUUCCUUUUGAUGGAUGAGUAUUUCCUUCUUGAAAACCGUUUGACACUUAGAGCGAUGUCUGAAUUUGGUCUCCUUUUGGCUUACUUUUAUCUGUGUGACCGCACAGAUUUCUUUGCCUCGUCAAAAAAGAGUUACAAUAGGGAUCUCUUCCUAUUUCUCUAUUUUCUCCUCAUCCUAGUUUCAGCAAUGACGUCCUUUAAAAUACAUCAAGACAAGUCACCAUUUUCUGGGAAAUCCAUCCUUUAUUUAAAUAGACACCAGACUGAAGAAUGGAAAGGGUGGAUGCAGGUUUUGUUUUUAAUGUACCAUUACUUUGCCGCAUCUGAAAUCUACAAUGCAAUUCGUUUGUUCAUUGCUGCAUAUGUUUGGAUGACUGGAUUUGGGAACUUCUCAUAUUAUUAUGUUCGUAAAGAUUUUAGUCUAGCCAGAUUUGCUCAGAUGAUGUGGAGGCUUAAUUUCUUUGUGGUGUUCUGUUGUAUUGUACUUAACAACAGUUACAUGUUAUACUACAUCUGCCCCAUGCACACUCUUUUCACUCUUAUGGUUUAUGGGGCACUUGGUAUGCUCAACAAGUACAAUGAGAUUGGGUCAGUCAUUGCUGUAAAAAUCAUUGCUUGCUUCUUGAUUGUUAUCUUAGUAUGGGAGAUACCUGGAGUCUUUGAAUGGCUUUGGAGUCCAUUUACUUUCUUUCUUGGUUAUACUGAUCCGAAUCCUGCCAAAUCACAUCUUUCUCGGUUGCAUGAAUGGCAUUUUCGCUCUGGGCUUGAUCGCUACAUAUGGAUAAUUGGAAUGAUUUAUGCUUACUAUCAUCCAACUGUUGAACGAUGGAUGGAAAAAUUGGAGGAAGCAGAAAUCAAGCGCAGAGUAUCAAUCAAAGCAACUGUUGUGCUGAUAUGCUCAUUGGUUGGUUAUUUAUGGUUUGAGCAUAUUUACAAGAUGGACAAGCUUACAUACAAUAAAUACCAUCCUUAUACCUCGUGGAUUCCCAUAACGGUUUACAUAUGCUUGCGGAAUGUUACACAAAGUUUUCGUAGCUAUACACUGACACUUUUUGCAUGGCUUGGGAAGAUUACUCUGGAGACUUACAUCUCCCAAAUCCAUAUCUGGUUAAGGUCAGGUGUUCCAGACGGUCAACCCAAAUUGUUGCUUUCCCUGAUCCCAGACUACCCAAUGUUAAACUUCAUGCUUACUACUUCCAUAUAUGUUGCAAUUUCGUAUAGACUUUUUGACCUGACAAAUACACUCAAAGUGGCAUUUGUGCCCAGCAAAGACAACAAGCGUCUUGUACACAAUUUAAUUACAGCAACAACAAUCUCAGUUGUUCUAUAUUCUUUGUCCCUUGGCUUCCUUAGGAUACCUCAAAUGUUGGUAAGUGUUAAUGCAAUAACAUUAUCUGGUUUAAGUUACUUAAAUUAUCCUUAG